AGAUCCAUCACACUUCACCCUAGACCCUCUUCCCAGUUCCCACACAAGCUUUUUCUCUGAUUUGACGAUUGUGUUUUUCAAUCCAACGGUCCAUAACAAAAAAAACUUUCACAAUCCGAAGGACACGUGGGGCGUAGCAACGAGUGAUGAAAGAAAGUAGCCGGAAGCAAGGAGCGGCGUCACCGUGUGCGGCUUGUAAGCUUUUGCGGCGGCGGUGCGCUCAAGAUUGUGUUUUCUCGCCGUAUUUCCCGGCGGAUGAGCCUCAGAAGUUUGCUAAUGUUCAUAGAGUGUUCGGUGCUAGCAACGUCAACAAGAUGCUUCAGGAGUUACCCAUCCACCAGCGGGGAGAUGCAGUGAGCAGCAUGGUUUACGAGGCUAAUGCAAGAGUGAGGGAUCCGGUUUACGGUUGCGUAGGAGCAAUUUCUUCCCUCCAGCAACAAAUCGAUGUGUUGCAAGCUCAGCUAGCUCUAGCUCAAGCUGAAGUGGUGCAUCUACGUGUGCGUCACUCGACUAAUUUCCAGGGCCACGGACUGUGCCCGGAUAGCCCAAGUAGCAGCGGCUCACCUUCGUCGAAGCAAGUGAGUCCACAGGACAACAAGGGCAUGUUUAGCCAUAUGGACAUUGUGGAUGAGGCCAGUUUGGGAGAGUCUAUGUGGUCUUGCUAGUCAACAGAAAGCUCUCCUUUUGCUACUACAUUUCCUAAUCUUUUAUUUUGGAAAUUUCGGGAUUUAUAUAUUUAAAGUAGGGGUAGGAAAUGAAAAUGCUCUGUUUUGACUAACAGAGUUAAAUUAUUAACAUGAUAUAUAUAGAGAUACAUAUAAAAUACUACUAAGUUUAUAUUAUUAUAUAUGAGUAUUUGUAAUUUUGUAUUUCGGGGGUAUUUGGGAUUUGGUGUACUUGUACCGUCUACGACUUUGGACCAUGAUCGUCUAGGGUUAUUAUGAUCAUUUCAACUGAGGAGAGAACUUUGUUAUUGACCUAAUGUAUAUUUUGUUAUUUGUGAAAUAUAUAUUUAUCUCUUUCA